GGAGGCCGGAGGCCGGUGUGAGGGCGGCAGCGCCGGGGUCCCCGGGCCGAGCUGCGGCCGAUGGCCGAGGGCAGCCCCCCCGGCGCCGGGGCCGCCCCGGGCGGCGGAGGUGGCGGGGACCCGGCGGCCUCCUUGGGCGCCUCGGGCGGGCACGCAGGUCGUAAUCUCAAGGAGUGGCUGCGGGAGCAGUUCUGCGACCACCCCAUCGAGCACUGUGAGGACACGCGGCUGCACGACGCAGCCUACGUCGGGGACUUGCCCACGCUCAAGAGCUUGCUGCAAGAGGAGAGCUUCCAAAGCCGGAUCAACGAGAAGUCAGUGUGGUGCUGCGGCUGGCUGCCCUGCACGCCGCUGCGCAUCGCUGCCACCGCCGGCCAUGGCCCCUGCGUCGACUUCCUCCUGCGCAAAGGGGCUGAGAUCGACCUGGUGGACGUCAAGGGGCAGACCGCUCUCUACGUGGCUGUGGUCAACGGGCACCUCGAGUGUGCCAAGAUCCUCCUGGAAGCAGGGGCUGACCCCAAUGGCAGCCGGCACCACCGCAGCACCCCCGUUUACCACGCGGCGCGUGUGGGCCGGGCAGACAUCCUCCGGGAGCUGAUCAGGUACGGCGCAGACGUGGACGUGAACCACCACCUGGCUUCUCGGGUCUCCAGCCUCUCCUUGCGGCCCCUCACCACGCUGGUGGUGUGCCCGCUGUACAUCAGCGCCGCCUACCACAACCUGCAGUGCUUCAGGCUGCUCCUCCAGGCCGGAGCCAACCCCGAUUUUAAUUGCUGCGGCCCCAUCAACAUCCAGGGCUUCUCCCGGGGCUCCCCCGUGUGCGUGAUGGACGCCGUCCUGCGGCACGGCUGCGACGCGGCGUUCAUCCACCUCCUGAUUGACUUUGGAGCCAACCUGAACCUGGUCAAAGUGGAGGCCUUGGAAUUCGACUCCACGGGAAGGGUCAAAGUGAACCCUGAGGCUCUGCAGGUCUUCAAAGAAGCACGGGGCCGCGCCCGGAGCCUGUUGUCUCUCUGCCGCAUAGCUGUACGGAGAAUACUUGGCAAAUCUCGUCUGGAUCUGAUCCAUAUCCUUCCAGUCCCAGACCCCAUUAAACAAUUUUUACUUCACGAACACAGUUAAAGGGCAACUGGCUGCUUUCUGGGACAGUUUGGUUUGCGAAACGAGUGAGCUGAUAAAGCCAGGUGCCAAUCCUAGCCCUACCCCCGCAGAGAAAUACUGGUUUGCUCAUGGGGUGCACACAAUUCCCUGCCCCUGUGAUUUUCCCCUUCAAAUUUGGGGUGCGGUGGUUUUGUGUGUCUGUACUCAAGCUACCAGUUCUUUAACUGGUGAUCUGUUGUUUGCGGCUGGUUGGGCAAAGAGGCCAGUAAGUGUGUGUGGCUGGUACAUGAGCAAACACAGUAUAUCCUGUAGCUGUUAGCAUAUGUCUGUUGUGAUGACUCUACCUCUGUUAUUGCUCCGUGUUACACACACCCUGGGUCUCAGAGGCACUUCUGCGUGGCAAAUGUGUCUGUACUUGAGCCUUUCAUCUUCCUGUAGCGUGCAAGGGAGUCUCUCCUUGCCUCAGUGCCAGUGCUGGUUUACAACAGCACCAUUCUCUUUCUGCUGUCAGUACCUGGCCUCUCUCUUACCUACGGAGUUUGUGGUUGCUGCUGUAAAAGUGGGUGUAUUUUCUUCUUUCCUCCUCUGGUGUGAAAUGCAUCAAGUUUCCUGUCCAGUGGCUGCGCGUUACUUGGAGAAUUGUAUCCGUGUCUCUGCGUGCUGCAAGGUAGCUGCUGACUUGGCUUUCUUCCUGUAGAGGCCCCAUCGCACAGAUGGGAGAGUAGCAGAACAUGUAAUCCCAUCCCCUCCGAGCUGUUUCGACAGACCACCAGAUCUGCUGUGGCAUCUUGGCUCUCCCUGCAGCACUGUGAUGGACGAGGCAAGGGUUGGCCAGUCCUCCUCCCGACGGCCUAGGACUGGGCCAAGUCUCAGGACCGCUGCUGUAGCAUAAAAGAGAAGAUGUGGAGAGAAGAGGAAACGUUAUUUUCACCCAUGGAAACUGAGAGCUGCAUGGCCCAUUUUGGGGCGAUGGGAUCCCUGUGGUUCAGUCACCGCUGCGGUGCUGCAGGGGCAAGGACUGGGAUACUCAGGUGAAGCCAGAAUGUGAACCUGAAAGAUUUCUGGGGUACUUUUUGGAAAUGUAAUGGCCAAACUCACCUUCUGGUCACUGUAAGUGGGUUUGAAUAUUUGGGAGUGACCAGGAGCAACAGUGGAGGGGUUGCUAAAUUAAACUGUUGUGCUGCUAGUGGUUGGUGCAAUGCCUGUGAAUGUAUCUGUGUGAUUAUGAACAAAAAGACACCCAAAAUUCUCUCUGGACUUCCUGCUUGCAAUAUUGCAGUGAUGAUGAUGUUACUGAAGGGCCAGUAAAGUAGGUGACAAUGCAGAGCACGCAGAAAUAGAAAUUCCUACCUGCCUUUUACUCCAGAUGCCAGUGGCAGCGUGACCAGACAGCACCCUCCCAAAUCCACCUAAUGGGCAUUUUUGUUUGCAUCCUGAUUCUGUCAGCACUGCAGAGAAGGGAGAAGAAAGGACUUCUAUCAGGGAGUUAGUAGGCAGUGAGCUUCUGAAUGCAGUGUUGCAUCUGGCAGAGCUUUGACCAGGCUCCUUUGAUUUCUGGUGCCCUUACGCUGCCAUUUUCCCUCGUGUCACAAGCUCACGGAACAGUGUCAAUCUGCGAGGAGCUGACGGUCUUUCUGGGUGUCUUGGGGUCAGCCAGCUCCUUAGAGGUCGAGACAUAGUCAUUGUAGAGUAAACAUUUUCACAAUAGCAGCUUUUAGAAGGGCAGAGAUGAGAUGGUCCCUCCUGGGUGAAAGCCCAGGCAGCAAGUGGUACUUGCUUCAACUUUUCUGAUCCAAGAUUUUCUAGUCCUCACGUUACGAACUGCUUUUUUGGACUGUGUUUCUCUGCCAAAUGUUCUUUCCAUGCCCAUGGAGUUGCCAAGGGUAUUUUUUUAGAAGUAAUAUAGAUGUUGGUGAUUUAUUUCUUGUAUGGUAUUGGGGAACUGUUGUUGAGAACUGGGUUAAGCAUGGGGUGAUAGUGACAGCAGGACAGGCCCUCUUGGGAAUGGGAUCCCUCUCCAGCCGCUCUUCUCCUUGACCCUCUGUGGUAACAGGGAGGUGGGUUUGUUUAAGCUGCUUUGCAUUUUGGCAGUUUCAGAUGCCUUUGGGUAAAUCUGGUUAUCCUGGCUCUGUGGGAGUGGAUCCUCAAGGCCACCCCACAGACUGAGCACUGAGCCCCACAGUGCCCGCGCUCCCUUCCCACCUGUGCUGGCCUCUCCCUUACAGGCCCAUGAAGGGACACUUAGAAAGUUGUCUUCUGUAGAGCUUCCACCAGCAGCGUCUUACCCUGGAUGAGUGCUCUGCUUUUAGAUGCUCUUUGAAUUGCUUCACACUUCAGACCAGCUGCUGAGGGAGGAGGGGGUGAGUUGCAUAUCUUUUAGUUGGGUAUAUCUGCUUUCAAAUACCUGAAGAAAUUUCGAGCAGGAAAGUGAAAGGUGAAUAGGGUUUGACGCUCGUUUAUGAGAUACUUUUUUUCCAGAGGCAUCGAUGAAUGCAAACUCACAGCUCAGUUUCUGGUCCCCCCCCCGGGAUAUGUUUAUGGUGGAGUUUGAUAAGCAGCAGUGGACUUUUUGUGUAUAUUUUUAUUAUCUGCUGGAGAACAUGUGCCUUUCCAAGAUGCUUUCAGAGAAGGAGGAAGGACAGGGGAAAAAACUGGAAUCUCUGUUUCCUGUUAUUUCUGUUCCAUGACCAGGCUUGGAAGGGCAGCCAGUGUCCAUCUGGCCCCUUACAUUGCUCUGCUCAUUGAUUUUAGGACAAGGUGGCAAAAUUUUCAUUACUGGGCACUGUUGAGAAAAGGCUGAAGUGUGAUGGCUACACUCAGUGCUCAGAUACUUUCAGAACCCUCAUCAGAUAUUAAUGGCAAGGAUAUGUAGCAGUGGGCAUGCUUUCAAGGUGAGAAGGCAGCAGUGUUGCAUUGUUUCCUUUUCAGGCUUGCAGAUGGUUUAGGUUUUCACCGUACUGGGGGCCAGGGCAGCCCAUGAGCAUGUUGCCUGAGAGUUGUGUGCUUGCUUUAUAGAAGUGUUAACAUGCCUAAAAGAUGCAAACAGGUUGUAAAGCCUCUUGUCACCUUGCUGGUGGAACCGUAAUGUUUUGCAGGAGCACGGACCGAGCGUACUCUCUAGCUCCAGUGUAUAGAGGCAGAAAACGAGGGAGGUUGUCCUGAGAAAAUGCCAUGGCAACAGCUUCUUUGGGUUGACUUUUUCCCCCUCUGGUUUUCACUUGUUCACGUAGUUUUGCAAACCAAUCACACGUCAGUGCCUUUUGGGAGAAGGUAGUAGGAUGGAAGUGGAAGGCAUACGUCCCUCUGGGGAAAUCUGGCUCCAUCUGGAAUGAGCUGCAGAGAAAUGCCAGAAUGCGUGGCAGAGAGUGGCCCAAGGAGAUUUGGGGAAUUUAGCUGCUACAGGCGUGAUCAUUCGGUGCCCGAUGUAGCUGCAGUAUGUAGUUAGAGCUAAGCCUCUGCAGAUCACCUGUUACAAUUUUCGUUGCCUUCAGUUUUUGAUCCACUGACUGUUUUGUACUUGAUUGACACUGUCCUACAGCAUUCUUGUGGAUAGCCAGCCAGUGACACCCUACCCAGGCCAGCAGUUGUAGCCAUAUCUCUGUGCUCCCCCCCAGAACCGUGACUCCCAUGUGAGUUAAAAUGAGAAAAGCUCUCUUUCCAUGGCAGAGUCAAUAUUUGGUACUGAUGCGCUUCCUUUGUAGGUCCCAUUGGUAAGCACAAGUCAUGCUAGGGUGGGGACUUUGGCCUCAGUUAGUUUUCUGUUCUUUGUUUAUAAUUUGAGAUACAGUGAUCUUGAUGCUCCAGCAGCGUGCUGAACUUUGUGCGUAUGGGUAGUCCUUCUGACCUCAAAUUUGAAGGACUACAUGGGUCUUCAAAUCCAACCAAGGUAGCAUCCAAAGAUUCCCCUGACCAUGAAUAUCUCAAGCCCAUGAUCCACAUGUCAAAGGAGGGUUCUCCCAACCCUAUAGCAAACCAGCUUAAAGUUCCACAAGCACUUGGACAUCAGUAGAAUCAAAGCUUUGGAGGAAUCAAGUCACAGGAGGCUUUUUGUGGGACUGCCCAUCCAUUGCCCAUCUCAGCUGAGGGACUGUGCCUCCUGCAAAGGUUCCAGCCUUAAACCUGAGUGGUCUUUCCUUUUGGCUUGAGGGACUGAAGGGUGUCCAACUCAGUAGAACAACUCACAUAAUAUUAAGCCAGAACUGUGGAAACUACUGUUGGAGUAGUCCUGGUGGACAUUGGUUGCUGAGGCUACAUAAACCCAGCUCUGCCUAAGUGAAAUGGUUUAAUACACAGAAUAUCUGGAAAUUUCAUUGUAGAGAGGUAAUAAUGAAUCUCAAAAUAGAUUUAUGAAGUUCCGUAGUGCCACAACCUUUCAACCUUUACCCUCUGACUGUCCUAGUCCUUUUAAACCCAAGAAACACUAGUCUUCCAGUAUGGAAUCUAAGUAAUAAUAUGUGCAUAUUAUAUAUCUUUGCACUAUAUAAAUAGUGUUUAUUUUUGCCUUAAUUCAGACUUUACCAUUUCCUCCUGUGUAGCAAUGCGUUCUCUUUUGUAAAAGUAUUCUUUUACAUGCUGUCCAUGAGGCGUGCUCAGAUAACACAAAUAACAGAACUGUGAAGUCACAGGUGGGAAAUCAAACAGCUCUGCAGCGUACAUCCCCUCAUUUGAAGAAUGCCUGUUACGUUUGUGCAUAAUAUAUAAAGUGUGCAUUGUGUGGCCUUGCUGUAAGUAGGUGUGGGAUGGGAUGGGAUGACAAGGGAUGACAUGAAAAUGGUUAAAGAACCACAACAGAUCUCGAAUAAGCAAAGCAAAUCCAAAGGAGCUUUUUUUCCUUGUGGGCUUUCUUCUUGUCUUUGUUGUAUUAGGGGAUUUUCAGAGUAUGAAACACUGGUAGCUGGCGUGGUACUCAAAUAUAAUUUCCUGCCAUUCGGGAGUUUUGCAAACGGCAGAACAGCAUUUAUAGGGUUGAUGUGUGUGUGUGUGUGUUUUUUCCAUGCCCAGAUUCAAGUAAAGCACUUUUUACACCAAAACCAGCCUUUGAGGUACAGCACCUCUUUAGCCGUUGUUGUUCCAGUGAAGCAAGCAGUGUAGGAACCUGCCUGGGAUGGAGCAGAGGUGACAGCCAAGUGAGUCCUGCUUCAAGAAGCACCAUUCGGUGGUCUGUUGCUUUUGCCUGGGAUAGAAUGGUUGUGCACAGCAGCAAGAUUAGAUCCAAGAGCAGACUGAAGGUCUCUGUGGUGGGCCUGGGUCUGUGUAUAGCUAAAUAAAGAUGUUCCAGU